GGAGGUAUUACACUAAAAAAAAUAUAGUUUUGUGAUGUGCAAUUAUACAUUUUUAUGUGUAUUAUUAAUUUGUAUAAGUGCGUUUUCGUCGGGACAGCGAAAUCUAUAUCUACCACCUGACUUACCCCAGGACAUCAUGGUAGAUGUUAUAAAUAAUUUUGGAGUCGAGUUAUUAAAAAAACAUAACGAAUACAACGAAAACAAUCUUGCCCUGUCUCCCUACGGGGCCAUCAGCGUCCUCGUGGCUUUAAAAGAGGGAACAAGAGGUGUUGCUCAGAAUGAAAUUCAGCAAACGCUUCAUCUCCCUUACGAUCCUUCAACAGUUAGAAUAGGACUCCGAGAUGUCUUGCGUCGAUUGAAGACUUACUUUAUCCCUGAAGAAGGCUUUUUAGCAGGCUUGACAUUUAACAAUGACAAUAUCUCAUUAAAAAGCGAUUACAGAGAUCUUUUAAUGUUCUACGGAUACGAUGUUGGGUCCUUUAACAAACCCCUGUAUCCUUCCACUACUACGGAAAACACCACCGGUUCUGAUUUAUCUAGAACAACAGAGACAUCGUCAUCAACAACAACAAAAUCCACUGAAACACCUUUAGAAGAAGAAAUUGAAACCACAAUUACUACUUUUGUUCCAAUUGAAAAUAUGUUAAGAACUACGACGUUAAGUAUGACUGAAUCAACUACAGAAAUUGAACUUAGACAAAUUAGUGCAGGGAUGACACCGUCCACAACUAAAGGAAUAAACACCGCAGAAGAGGCCACAACAGUAAUUUCAACAUUAUCGCCGACCUCUGAAGAGACAACUAUUUCUACCCUAGUAACUUUUUCUUCUACUGAAUCAUUAGGAGAGCCCAGCACCCUCGACAUGGAAACAACUACUUCAUCUACAUUUUCUACAGCAUCUACUAACAGGGAAAUUGAAAGCACAAUUCUAUCGAUCACCCCCAGUGAAAUGAAUACAUUCUCGCCAAUUUCCUUAAAUUUUACCGAAAAUGCUUCCGAUUCAGUUACAUCUAGUACAUAUUUUUCUAGUACUGAAGGUGAAACAUCAAUAGAGGACAUCACUACAAUUCCUAUAACCUCGACCACUCAUAUGCCUCAACCAGAAACACCAACACCAGCAAAAUUAAAAAAACGAACUUCUUCGAAAAGAAAAAGAAGUCCGUACAGUAACACCCCCUCAAAAUAUUACUUGCCAUCCAAUACCAAUUCAGACAUUCGCCAAAAUCAACAAAGUCCUAGUAAAAUAAAUUACGAAGUCGAUCCUUCCGUUAUCUCAUUCCUAGUGGACGGAAAAACUCGAGAAACGAACAUUAGCUUUAUGACUUAUAAAGCGAUAUUACCGUAUUGUUAUAUACCCAAUUUGAAAUCUUUAGCUUUGAGUUUCCCUUUGGAUAGCGAAAAUUACUAUCUUUUGAUAAUUUUACCUUUAGACGACUGUGGGGCAGAUUUCGUGUUGGAAAGAAUCGGAUAUGAUAUCACUCUGAGAGAUAUAGUUGCAUCCUUAACAUUUACCUAUGUUAAAGCCACAAUUCCAAGUUUUAUGUUAAAAGGAACUGUAUUGUUAACCCCUACAUUACAAAAGAUGGGAAUUACAUCGGUUUUUGAACCGAAAAAAGCUGAUUUUUCGGAAAUGACAGAGGCAAAGGAAAUUUACGUGACAAAUAUCGAACAACUGAUAACAGUAAGGAUAAGAAAUUACAUUGAUCCAAACCAAUUAGAUUAUUUCGGAAACCAUUAUUAUCAACAAAAUCCUGUCUGGUUUAAAGCCGAUCAUCCUUUUUUAUAUUUCGUUAUGGACUCUCGUUUGCAUGUCUCCCUUAUGGCAGGAAAAAUUACAAAUCCUUUAAAUUCGAGAAUUAGUUAGCUCUUUUAUAAUUUUAUGUACAUUCAGUGCAUAAUUAUUUAAUUAAU